UGAGGAAGACAGACGGUGGAUUUUCCUCCUUUCCCCAUGAAGUUUUGUUUUCCAUUAUUGUCUGUGUUUUUUAAUGUCUACAAAUGAACUGUCAGUGGAAGCGAGGCAAUGUUGGAUCACUGAAAGCAAGCUGAGUGAGUGACCGAUGACAGCUCAGGCGCCAGGACAUCGAGGCAACAGAAUACUAGUGAACACCAGGGACCACUUUCACUGAUUUAAUGACCAUGAGACGGAGCCCAAGGAGACCCCUGAUCCUCAGAAGAAGAAAGCUGCCUUUCCAGCAAAAUGAUCCACCAGUUGCUGAACCGCAGAGCCAAGCUGAUGCAUCAGGUGUCAAAGAGCCUUCAAAAUCAGCCGCCACUCAGAGCAGCUUCCCUGAUGGGAUCCGCGUCAUGGACCACCCCUCCAUGUCUGACACACAGGUGGUCGUCAUCCCCAAAACAGCAGACCUGCAAAGUGUUAUCGGGGCCCUAACAGUCAAAGGCAAAGAGUGUGGUGCCCAGGGACCAAACAAGUUUAUCCUUCUGAGUGGGAAUGGCAGCCGUGACGGUGGAUCUGUGUGCCAGCCUGCUGCUGAAGGGGAUGACAGCUCAGUUGGACAACCAAUGAAAACAGAAACUGCGCUCAGUUCCCCAGAUGCUAAACCUCUCACUGGAAUCAAAGCAUUGAAUAAGGAGCUGGAGUGUGGUCCUUUAGACGACAGCCUCACCAAUAUUCAGUGGCUGGGCCGAAUGAACACAUGCACCUUCGAACCAGAUCCUGCAAAGCAGAUGGCCAACAAGGAGAACGUAAAACCUGCUGAUUCACAGACUCUUCAGGUGCAAAAUGCACAAAUCGAGGUAGAAGCUGUUCAGCAACCCAUGUCAGAGAGACCGCCAUACUCCUACAUGGCCAUGAUCCAGUUUGCAAUCAACAGCCGGAAGAACAGGAGGAUGACCCUGAAAGAGAUUUACAUGUGGAUCGAGGACCACUUCCCGUACUUCAAAGAGGUGGCCAAACCGGGAUGGAAGAAUUCCAUCCGCCAUAACCUCUCUCUGCACGACAUGUUCAUUCGUGAGACGUCACCAGAUGGUAAAAUAUCUUUUUGGACGAUCCGACCGGAGGCCAACCGGUGCCUCACUCUUGAUCAGGUGUACAAGCCUGGUUGUGACCCAAUGACUGCUCCUGUUCCCGUGCCAAUGCUUUUGUUUCCCAACCAACAACAAAAGAGGAUUCUUCCUGAUGCAAGAAAAACACCAACAAGCUCCGAGAGAAGGAUGAAGCCUCUUCUCCCUCGAACCGAUUCCUACUUGGUUCCCAUCCAGCUCCCCGUCACCUCCUCCGUCUACCUGCCGUCCUCAUCGGCCCCGUUUCCCCCGUCCUGCUCGCAGCAGAAACAGAACACUUCUCGAGGAGCCAAGAGAGUGCGGAUCGCUCCUAAGGUGACACAAAGUGACGCCCCAGCUGUGGUAAUGUAUCCUCAGAAGAAUAAAGACCUCACGGCGGAGGUGAAGGAGGAGCCGAGAGGUGUCCCAAUCAAAUGCGAGACUCCCAAAGCCACUCCCAAAAGACAAGCCAGCGGCUCUCGACGCAAACAGCGCCUGGUUCACUCUCAGCACGAGGAACCUGUCCUCCUCUGCCCCAAUAAUACUUUCUUUGACUCUGGCGUAGCCUCUGACGCUUCAACUUUCCAGGACAUGCGCGACACUGAGCUGGAAGAGCAUCAGCAGGAGCAGCACAGCCCUGAUCGAGACUUCUCCUUCAAGACCCCCAUAAAAAGUAACAUCCACCUGACCUCCUCCACGCCCAGCAAGCCUCCCUCUCAAGUCUUACCCGAGCCGUGGAAAGUGACCCCUGUGGGCAAAGGGAGCCAAAACGUUCUGGACUUCAGCCCCAUCCGCACGCCAGGCGGUCCCGCAGUCACGCCGCGGCAUGACUACAACACCUUCAGCUUCAACAGCACACCCUUUAAAGAGUGGCCUCUGUUCAGCUCCCCCAGAGAGCUGCUCACAUCCGCCCCCCCCAGAGCGACCGCACCGACAGACUCUCCCAGCGAGUGCCUCAGAAGCAGCUGCUCCAGAGAGCUGCUUCAGGCAGGAGGCGCCGCAACACCUGUCAACCGCUCAAUCACAGAGGGCCUCGUCCUGGACACAAUGAACGACAGCCUGAGCAAGAUACUAGUGGACAUUAGCUUCUCUGGUCUGGAUGAUGAGGAUUUAGGAAUGGCCAAUAUAAGCUGGUCCGAAUUCAUCCCUCAUCUCAAGUAGCCGGGGCGCCAAAACAUAUAAUUUCCAUGGGCGUGUCAUCUGUUUGCCAAAACACUAGAAAAAAUGGGAAUACUGCGAGGGACACUUUAAUUUUAAUUACCUGGUCAAAUUAGCAAGGGACUUGUUUCCCCCAUUAUAUGUUCCUUUCCACCUGUGGCUUAUUUUUUCCAUCACUGUUUGCUUCUUCCGUCACUCUUAUUUCUAUGUGCUGUAAAAUUUUACACAUGCUCCUGUUGUAUUUUCUCCUACCUGAUUUAUUUUUUUUAUCUGUUUUUCUUUUCUCCUGCCUGGUUUAUCUUCUCCAACCUCAAUUCUUUUCUCUUACCUGGUUUCUGUUGUCCUACAUGCUUUCAUUUUUUCCUACCUGGUGACUUUUCUCUACAUGUCAUAUCUGUCUCUUCUUCUCUUGAAGGAAUUGCUCGAGAAAUAUCUGUAUGUAUGUACAUAUUCACCUAUGUAUGUCAAUUUGCACAUUUUAAUAUAUAAUUUAGCUUUUGCAUAUGUAAAUUGAAAAGAUAUAUUGCUUGAUGAGCCAGCGAGACGUUUCUGCGUCCUCCUGGAAUCGACUUUUAGAUUGUGAUGCAGGAUUCUUAGCAAUAAACAGUGAUAAAGUAAUACAAAUAGCACUAACGGCUGUAGGAUUGUGUCUGUACAUUAAUCGUAGAACUGUCUUCACCACUUAGAAAUCCUGAGUAUUCAUCAGUAUGCCAUCAGUCGGCACUUUGUACCUGCAGAGAGAGACAUUUUGCAUCCAGUGACUCCACAACAACAUAUUUUAGGUUGCCUUUGGGAGCAGAAUACUGAAGAUUUUGUAUAAGAUGCAUAUUUUGUCUGGUAAGCACAAAUGGGAUAUCACGGAAAAGCGGUUGGUUACAAGCAGAACAUUUUUUCUUUGAAGGGCAGAAUAGGAGAUAUAUUGAAGUUUGAAAAUGCCACAAAAUAAUGUAGGGUUUUGAUAAUUCCUUCAGGUUUGUGUGUUUAUUUGUGAGAGGUUUUCCACUGCAGUUGGAUGGCAUGCAAUCGUGAAAUGUUGUGGUUUCCAGCAAAACAGUUUUCAAAGCAUGUGGCUUGUUCUGUUUUUCUAAAAUUGGUGUUUCUGUGAAUUUUCAACAAUAAAUCUGCUGGUGUCAGUGCCUCAGACAGCGGGAAGGGCUUUUAUUCACCCUUGUGAUUUUGGUCACAGGUCUGCUUUGAUUUGCCUCGCUCAGCUUGCAUUUGAAAAUCUAAAACAAGGUUUCUAUGCCAUCACGCAAACUACAGCAAUGUUGAAACCCCUUUAUGGU